GAAAAAAGUCCAAAACUCCCUUUCAAAAACUCUGCAGAUCAGACUGAAAAGUUAUUUACAAUUUUUAUUUUGUUCAGAUUUCGUAAUUUUAGUGCAGUAUUUAAGGGUAAAAAGUGUACCAAAUGCUUCCGCGAGUGCCAGAGAACGCGAUUAACGUGGAAAAGUGUCGAAUCUAGUGUUUUCCCGUGAAAGUGAAGGGCAACAAAAUUGCUGCGCCCCUCUCUAAUGCGAUGAAGAAGUCCUAGAAUUUUUAUUUUUCGUCUUACCCAAUCUCAUCGCCGUGAAGAGUGGCAAAAGAAGAGCAGCACACCGUCGCCAAGAAGAACGGGUCCGAUCGUCCGUCGGUCGGUAGCAAACCUAAACGAAAGAGUCUCUUGAUGAGAUCGCUGGUGUGUAAUGUGUAUGGUGUUUGUGUUUACGUAAAACGGGUUUCUUUUUGGUAGGGCGGAUUCGUGCCAACUUUUCUGGGUCGCCCCUUUUCGGAAGAAGUGGACAGUGAAGUUGCGAAAUAGGAGUUGGUUAGGCUCCUGCGAGGGAGACCACAUCCGGACCAAAGUGUGCUAAAUUGGAUUCCGAAAGCAGCAUAUUCGGGGCGCCCCCGUCCGGGAGGAUGAUGGCUCCCUUCCGGCGCAAAAAGUCCAGCAAGGAGUUCCCGGUCAAGGUGUGCACCUACGACUCGGAGCUGGAGUUUCACUUGGAGCACAGGGCCACCGGAGGGUUCCUGUUUGAUUUGAUCUGCCGGACUAUCGGCUUGCGGGAGACGUGGUACUUUGGGCUGCGCUACAUGGAUAAGAAGGGCUACAGCUGUUGGCUCAAGAUGGACAAGAAGGUGCUGGACCAGCACAUCAAUCUGACCCCGGAGGGAUGUGUGUUUAUGUUUAUGGCCAAGUUCUAUCCGGAAAACGUCGCCGAAGAGUUGGUCCAGGAGGUGACCCAGCAUAUGUUCUUCCUGCAGAUUAAGGAAGCGAUCCUCUCGAUGGAGGUCUAUUGCCCACCGGAGGCGUCCGUUCUGCUGGCUUCCUAUGCAGUGCAAGCCAAGUACGGCGAUUACGACGAGGCCAUCUGUAAACCGGGUAUGUUGAUCAGUGAAAACCUACUACCGCAGCGAGUGAUCGACCAGUACCAGAUGACGCCGCAGAUGUGGGAAGAACGCAUCAACACCUGGUAUGCGGACCAUCGCGGCAUGUCCCGUGACGAGGUAGAAAUGGAGUAUCUGAAAAUCGCACAGGAUCUGGACAUGUUCGGGGUGAACUAUUUUCCCAUUACGAACAAGAAAAACACAGAAGUAUACGUGGGCGUGACGGCGCUCGGUCUCAACAUCUACAGCAAGGAGAACAAACUGACCCCGAUGACGACGUUCCCGUGGAACGAAAUCCGGAACAUCAGUUUCGACGGGAAGAAAUUCUUUGUCAAAACGAACGAAGAAAAGGGCAACGUGGCCACCACGUUCUACUCGGAGAAGGCCCGCAACAACAAAGAGCUGCUGGAUCUGUGCGUCGGAAACCACGAGCUGUACAUGAAACGACGCAAACCGGACACGAUGGAGAUCCAGCAGAUGAAGGCCCAAGCCAAGGAAGAAAAACACCGGCGCCACAUCGAGAGGAACAAGCUAGCGCGGGAGAAACAACUGCGGGAGGAAGCCGAACAGGAGAGGGCCAACAUGGAGAAAAGACUGAUGCAGCUGCAGGAGGAGAUGGCUGCUGCCAACGAGGCGUUGCGCCGCAGCGAAGAAGCCGCGGAACUGCUCGCCGAGAAGAACCGACUGGCGGAGGAGGAAGCCCUGCUCCUCUCGCACAAAGCCCUCGAGGUGGAGCAGGAGGUCACGCGGAUGCGGAUGACGGCCCGGAAAACCGAGGAGGAGAAAAUCUACCUGGAGCGGAAAACCAAGGAAGCCGAACUGCUCACCGCCCAGAUGAUCGAGGAAUCCCGCAAGCGGGUAAUGGAGACGGAAAAACUCAAAAACGAACUCAUCCACGCCCGGGUCGCCGAGAAGGAGGCCAAGGAAAAACUCCUGAACUUCCUGAGCCGAACGUCGACCGAGUCGAUUUUCAUAACUCCGUCCUCCUCGCCGGAAACGCCCGCCCUCGAGAGCAAUACCUAUGACCUAAUGAUCGACGGCGACAUGGACCAGCUGUCACUGGAGAUCGAGAAGGAGAGGGUGGAGUAUCUGACCAAGUCGAAACAGGUGCAGAACCAGCUCAAGGAGCUCCGGUCGGAGAUCGAACAGCUGAAAAUCGGUGAAAAGCAGUCGCCACUGGACAAAAUUAGCGCCCAGCAGACACGCCUAGGUGAGAACAAGUAUUCCACCCUGAAGAAGCUCAAAUCGGGCUCGACGAAAGCACGAGUAGCAUUUUUUGAGGAAUUGUAAGUGACUAGAGAAAGGGUUCGCACAAAACCCGUACAAUCUCUUAUUAGCUAAGUAGUACUACACAAAACACACACACACAUUUAACGAUACCGUAUUACGCCUUGCUGAUAUGCCUACAUAAGUGCCUAUAUACAUAGUGAAAGUGUCUUGUGGACUUCUUUGCGGGGAGAGGAUGGGCGGCGCGUGCUUGGCUGAGCCUCUCGUCACUAGAGUUACACUAGAAUUGAAUUUACCGAGUUCGGUGUUGAAACCGAAAUCUCAACCUCGAAGUCGAUAUCUCCAUUCUAGUGUUCGUGACUGUAGAAACAACACACGUUUUGUUUUUGGCUGUAUCGAGUUCAGUUAUUUUUGGAUUGUUGAGUUCUCUUGUUUUGUUGUACAUGGCUUGACAUUUUGUACUGUAUCAUUUGUGGUACCUAGGUGUAGAUUCAUCAGUACUGGCAGGAUCCUAAAGAGUAUAUUGAAGCAUGCGUUCAAUGGCGUCAAACAUCGUUGGAUUUGAACAAAAAAACAGUAGAACAGUACAUCUUUGCAUGCUAAACUUUUCCAUCACAGGAAAGUAGACGCUGUUCAAUAUAACGGCAGAGUUGUGCCAGAUUAUUUUUACGAUAGGACAACUAAUAACUCAGCUUAUGAAAGAAUGCGUUCGGAACUAAAAACCCUGAUAAAUUGUGUAAAGGUAAAACAUCUUCGUAGUUCUCCUCGUUGCCAAAAUAUGUAUUUCAAACGGUUCAACCGGAACCAACUGAGCGUCGUGUGUAAUAGCGAUGCGAUCGAUCAUCUUCUGUAGUAGUACUAGCAGUAUAAUAGUGGUAGUAGUUGAAUGCUAAAUAGUCAAAAUCAAUUCUAUUGCGUCGUCAUAGUCGCUUCCGAACGAGAAGUAGAUAUUUAGACAGUAUAACUUUUAUUUAUGCCUAGCCUAUGAUACGUGUACGAAGACGAUACUUUCCCCCCUACUAGAGACAAUUAGAUGUAUUUUAUCAUGUUUCCAUGUAACAGAUUGCAUCCCAUAGAUUUUGCUGUUUAAUUUAAAACAUCAAAUUCAUCAUCCGAGUAAUUGUCACAUUUAUUAGAGUAUUUUACGGAGCGGUUUUAUUCUAGGCGUAAAUCGACGAAGGAUUGUGAUUCAGU